AUGUACAGAAUCGCAAGCGCCUCCGAGUACCUGGUGAUCACCGGCAUCGGAAUCCCAGACAUCAAGCUCGCCAAGAAGGCAUGGAUCCUCCCCGGCCAGUCCAGCUCCAGGUUCGACCUCUCCCCCGUCAACUACACCUUCGAGGUCCAGGCCAUGAGCGCCGAGAAGCUCCCCUUCGUCCUCCCCGCCGUCUUCACCAUCGGCCCCCACGCCGACGACCACGACAGCCUCCUCAAGUACGCCAGGCUCAUCUCCGCCCACGAUAAGAACUCCAGGCACCUCAACGAGCUCGUCCAGGGUGUAAUCGAAGGGGAGACCCGCGUCCUCGCGGCCUCCAUGACCAUGGAGGAGAUCUUCAGGGGAACCAAAGAGUUCAAGAAGGAGGUCUUCGAGAAGGUCCAGCUCGAGCUCAACCAGUUCGGUCUCUGGAUCUACAACGCCAACGUCAAGCAGCUCGUCGACGUCCGCGGCCACGAGUAUUUCUCUUACCUAGGGCAGAAGACGCAGAUGGAGGCGGCGAAUCAGGCCAGGGUGGACGUGGCGGAGGCCAAGAUGAAGGGGGAAAUCGGAUCCAAGCUGAGGGAUGGCCAGACGCAGCAGAACGCGGCCAAAAUCGACGCCGAAACAAAGAUCAUCUCCACGCAGCGGCAGGGGGACGGGAAGAAGGAGGAGAUCAAGGUCAGGACGGCGGUCAAGGUGUUUGAGAACCUCAAGGAGGCGGAGGUGGCCGAGGCCAAUGCAGAGCUGGCGAAGAAGAAGGCUGGCUGGGCCAAGGAGGCGCAUGUGGCGGAGGUCGAGGCCAACAAGGCCGUGGCGCUCAGGGACGCCCAGCUGCAGAAGGAGGUUGAGCAGAUGAACGUGAUGACCACGACCGAGAAGCUCAAGGCCGAGUUUCUGAGCAAAGCAAGCGUCGAGUACGAGACCAAGGUGCAAGAGGCCAACUGGGAGCUGUACAAGAAGCAAAAGGCUGCUGAGGCAUACCUAUACGAAAAGGAGAAGGAAGCCGAGGCCCAGAAAGCCUCAGCCGAGGCAGCCUUUUUCGGGCGGAAGCAGAAAGUGGAUGGAGACUUUUAUGCCAAGCUGAAGGAGGCCGAGGGCCUGAAGGCCCUAGCGGAAGCCCAGGGGACUUACAUUCGCACCCUUAUGGAUGCAAUGGGCGGUAACUAUGCGGCCCUAAGGGACUACCUGAUGAUCAGUGGUGGCAUGUUUCAGGAGGUUGCAAAGAUCAAUGCUCAAGCUGUGCAUGGGCUGCAGCCCAAGAUCAGCAUAUGGACCAACGGCGGCCAUGGCCAGGGAGAAGCUGGUGGUACUGAUGCUAUGAAGGAAGUUGCCGGAGUUUACAAGAUGCUGCCGCCGUUGUUCAAGACUGUGCAGGAGCAGACUGGGAUGGUGCCACCGGCCUGGAUGGGCACCAUGACCGACAAGAAUUGA